ACACAAAUAUCACCAAAGAUUUCUCUAAACAUUUUCGUGGCCAUGCUUAGAGAAAAUUUAUUCAGACAACUUCCCUCGGGAUUUUUGACCCUCUAUAACGGUCCACAUUGCCUCCAGUUUUCUAUAAAUUCCCGGAUUGCUGCUUCUUCAUGGCCUACACUUCCCGAGAAAAGGAACAAAAUGCCUUCCCGGUUCGAUUUUCUAUCCUCAUUUACCCUUCCAACGUUUCUCUUCACCGUCCACCGUCACUUCCUUUCUCCUCGCCCCACCUCCUGGACUUCUCUCGACUUAAAUGACAUUCACCGGAAACCUACUUCCGUUGGCAAUCAGAGUAAUUACUCUGUCCAAGCUGCUGGGAAUUUUUCCGAACAGCUUGUGGGCGAUGUUGCGGUGAAGCGGAGAAACGUGGCUGGGGUCGACCAGGAAGAUCUUGUAGAUCCGGAGAAGCUCGCGGAUCCUGACAGCCUUUUCUUUGAGAUCAAUGGGGUCAGAAUUCACCACAAGAUAUGCCAUCAUGAGGCUAAUGAAGACGAUAAGGAGGAAGCUUUUCGUGGCAAAGUUGGAUUGCCAACGAUCUUAUUACAUGGUUUUGGUGCUUCAGUUUUCUCGUGGGGUCGAAUAAUGAAGCCUCUGGCUUGCUUGAUCGGCUCAAAGGUUCUGGCUUUUGAUAGGCCUGCGUUCGGACUGACAUCAAGAAAAAGCUAUAUUAAGAACAGGGAGCCUGGAGCUGUUGAUGACAAACCAUUGAAUCCAUACUCGACGGCUUUCUCCGUGUUGGCUACGCUUUCCUUCAUAGAUAUGUUAGGUGCAGGGAAGGCUAUUUUGAUGGGGCACUCUGCUGGUUCUUUAGUAGCAGUGGACGCAUAUUUUGAAUCUCCUGAGAAAGUUGCUGCAUUGAUUUUGGUUGCUCCUGCAAUCUUUGCCCCUCUUAUUAUGAAGAAAGAAGCAAAGGGCGGAGCAGUCGGGAAGAGAAAGAAGGCAGGAGAUGGCGAUUUAGAUAUGGGCGCAGUUGAGAAUCCUUUUUCCAGGAUUUGGCAUGGUUUGUGUAAGCUCUGUGGGAUCAUUGCAGGUUUUAUACUUGGAAUGCUAAAUAAAAUGACUAAUAUGGUCAGUUCAUUUUCUGCUAAAGUCUUGGCUUCUCUCAUUAGAUCAGCAUUUGGUAUUAUGCUGGUGAGGAUAGUCAUGGAUAAAUUUGGCGUAUUAGCUAUCAGGAAAUCAUGGUAUGAUGCAAGCAAAAUUACCGAUGAUGUUUUACAAGGCUAUACAAAGCCAUUGAGAGCGAAAGGUUGGGAUAGCGCCCUUCUGGAGUUUACGAUAGCUAUGUUAUUUGGUUCUACUUCAAAACCAAAGUCAAAGCCUCCCCUUUCAAAGAGACUUUCUGAGAUCAAAUGUCCUGUAUUGAUUAUCACUGGUGACACGGACCGCAUUGUUCCUUCUUGGAAUGCCCAGAGGCUGGCGCAAGCCAUACCUGGCUCAACAGUCGAAGUUAUCCGAAACUGUGGACACUUACCACAUGAAGAAAAAGUAGAAGAAUUUCUCUCAGCGGUUGAGAAGUUUUUGUACAGAACCUUUGGUGCCAAGGAGAGGCAAUUUACAGAGGUGGCAACAUGAGGCCUCCCAAUGGCUAGGGCCUUGGAGCAUUUACUUCACCCCAUCUUCUACAUUAAUGAAGGCAGAAUUUGUGAAGAAGCCUCCAAAUGGUAUUUAUUAGUCCUCAAUCCUACCAACGGCUAUCAGUUUGACCGCUUUAAUGUAGUCUUUCGAAGCAUAUAUUCUUUUUCAAUUGAUGAUUUCUCUGUUCUGUUGAGUUAGUCUUUAAUGGGUUGAGAGAGACCUCAAUAUUUUAUAGUCUGUUUUAUUUAGUCCUCUUCAAAUUAAUUUUCCUGUCAUCCUCAUUCAAUAUUCUAUCGCAAGGCGUACGUAUCAUAA